GACUCUCGCCUGUUGCCACGAUUAAAAAAACAGUAACCGACAGAAAAAUAUAUACAAGAAAGUUAAGGCGUAGCGCGGCGCGGCGCGAAAUAUCUGUUGAAAAGCGAGUUUAACCAUGAUGGAGGACAAGGAGAACACCCGACCACGAGAGAAGAAAGUGGUUGAAAUACGGUGUGACGACAGCGAGAAGCUUGAGAAGCCCAACAAGGAGAAAAAAGAAACCAUGACAAAGAUUGUGAUCCGGAGGCUGCCGCCCAGUCUGACGAAGGAGCAGCUGGAGGAGCAGCUGCAGCCCCUUCCCGAGGUGGACUACCUGGAGUUCUUCUCCAACGACACCAGCCUGUACCCCCACCUUUUCUCAAGAGCCUACAUCAGUUUCAAGAAUCAGGAUGACAUUGUCCUUUUCCGAGACCGCUUCGAUGGAUAUGUGUUCGUUGACAACAGAGGGCAGGAAUAUCCAGCCAUCGUGGAGUUUGCGCCAUUCCAGAAAAUUGCCAAAAAGAGAAGCAAGAAGAAAGACGCCAAGGCCGGCACCAUCGAUGAAGAUGCUGAUUACAAGAAGUUUUUGGAGAACUACAAUAGAGAUGAUGAGAAGUUCACCUCCACCCCUGAAACGCUGCUUGAGGAAAUAGAGGCCAAAACAAAGGAAUUGGGGGCUAAAAAGACAACUCCUCUUCUGGACUUUCUGAAAAACAAACAGAGGAUUCGUGAAGAGAAGAAGGAGGAGAGGCGGAAGAGGGAGCUGGAGCGCAAGCGUCUCCGUGACGAGGAGCGACGCAAGUGGAGAGAAGAGGACCGAAGAAAGCGCAAGGAGGCAGAGAAGCAGAAGAAAGGGGAGAAAAAUGUGGACAGAGAGCGGGAGGAGAGCAAGGAGGAGCCCAAGAUCAAGCUUUUGAGGAAACCUGAGAAAGGAGAUGAUGUCGAGACAGAGUCCAAGGCCAAAGACAAGCCGAAGAAGAGUGAGGACAGGUCUUCGGGUAUGGAGUUUAAGAAACGGCCAAACGGUGAAAACCGCGAGGACCGAGGGAGACGCAAGCAGGAUGAGGAUGGACGGAAGGAACACCGGGAUUGGGACAUGGACCGGGAACGUGAGCGCCGCCAGAGGGAAAAAGAAAGGAUCACCAGGCGGCAGGAGGAAGAGCGAAGGAAGAAAAGGGAGCGCUACGAGGCUGAGAGCUCCUUCCGCAAGAGAGACGAGGAUACAAAGAAAGAGAAGGAUCGCAGUUGGGAAAAGAGGAAGAGUGAGAACGGUGCAGAGCUGGGCACACAUAAUGAAAAAGCAGAGAGGUCUGCCAGAGAUGAUCGAAAGGAGGACAGCUCCAAAAGGGACCGCGUGAGGAAUAAGGACCGGCCUGCCAUUCAGCUUUACCAGCCGGGCGUCCGAAGCCGCAAUCGGGCAGGUGGGGUCGAAGCCCAGGCCGGGGAGAGGAAGGCAGAGAGCCAGACCAAGAGCACCCAGGAGAAAGGAGAGGAGUGAUCAGACCACUGAGAGAGCGUACAGAGGAGACAAGCGAGGCAAGCAUGGAUGUGGCCUGUGAGGACGACUGCAGAAGUCGAGCCAUCCCUCGCUCCUCGCCACUCCCUCCACCGGGGAAGCACAGACGAGAGCCUGCCGUCUUCCAGUGCCUGAAAAGCUUCCCUGGCUUUUGUCAAUAGUGUCGGGGGAAGCAGAUAUUAAGGGCUCAGCAACACGGGCACAGUAAUGAGAUGCCAAACUGCAGGACCAAGCAAACCAAAAGUGACCUUAAAUUACGCAUGAAGGCUAUGGCUGUACUCUGCACUAGCAUAGCUCUGGGCUACACAUGCUGCAUCCAGAUAGCUUCCAGGUUGAGCAGCACACACAGUCUUCAUGGGACCCCUCCCACAGCAAUAUUCUUUUCUCGCGUUUAUUCCAUAUCUGCAUUCAGUUUAAGUUCUGCAAGACAGGAGGCCAACCUCAUUUCUUUAAAGCUGCAUCCCUUCAGGAUUUGGGGAAUACCCCGCCC